AUGGUCAAUAUAUUUUAUAAUAAUGAAAAUACUAAUAAGACCAACAAUAACCUAAAUUUAUCAAAGAAUAACGACAAUUCACCAACUUCUAAUUCAGCAAGUCCAGAAUUGAGACCAUCAUCAAGAAAUAGAAAUAGAUCAAUUUCAUUAACUAGAUUUUUUUUUAAUAGAGACAACAAUGAUAACAACAAUAAUAGUCAAUACAAUCAAAAUAAGUCAAUUGAUAUAAUAGAUAAUAACAAGACACAACAAAAUAUAAAUGAUCAGACUAAUAACAACAAUAACACCAAUGGGAAUAGUUUAUACAAAUUCAAAAAUAUAUUUCGACUACCUUCAUCAUCGAUAUCUUCAUUAUCAGAUGAUAAAUCAAUUCAAAAUAGAGCAAGAUCUUCAUCAAGUCCCUUACAACCGUCACAAAAGGAUAAUAGACAUAAAAAAUCUACAAGUAUACCAGGUGUCAAAGCAGACUCCAAUCAACUACCUAAAAUAAUAACAAAUGAACCAGAACGUGAUAUCACGGAAACUUCAAGUCCUGUAAUAAAUUCAAAUCCUUAUUUCAAACAUCAAGGUUUACCACCACAUUUUAAUACAACUACUAAUCCACCACAACCUAAAUUUUUAAAUGUAAAUAAAUCAGAAUUAUCAGUCUCUUUAAGACAUAACGAUUCAGUAUAUUCAUUAAAUGAUAAUGGUAUAUUAAAACCCCCUCAAAUUCAUUAUAAUCAAAUAUCAUCAGGUGAAGAAUCAGAAGAAUAUGAAGAAGUAUUACAACCGGGUCCACCACCUAAAACACCAACUAAAAACCAGACACUUGUCAUUCCAAACAUAACAACAACUGUAGAUGAUGAUUUACUGAUAAAACCAUUUGAUCAAGAGAACAACUUAACACCACCUCCAUCACCAUUCCAAAGAGCGUUAAGGAGAGUAGCUUCAGCUCCAUUAGUUCACAAAUUAAUAAAUGAAUCAAAACAAACAAAUGAGAGCACAGAAAAAAUUGAAAAACCAUUUGAUAUAAAUGAGCAUAUAGGAGAAGUAAAAAUUACAACACGUCCAAGAACUUUAACCCAAGAUAGAACUUAUUCUCACUCAGCUACUAAAAAAGUUGAAGUUCAAGUUGGACCAGACAGUUUUGAAAAAAUUAGGUUACUAGGAAAAGGAGAUGUAGGGAAAGUAUAUCUUGUACGAGAAAAACUGUCAAAUCAAUUAUAUGCAAUGAAAAUUCUCAGUAAGAAAGAAAUGAUAGAAAGAAACAAGAUCAAGAGAGCGUUAGCAGAACAAGAAAUUUUAGCAACUUCAAAUCAUCCAUUUAUAGUAACAUUAUACCAUUCAUUUCAAUCAAAAGAAUUUUUAUACCUCUGUAUGGAAUAUUGUAUGGGUGGAGAAUUUUUCCGAGCUUUACAAACAAGAGAAAGUAAAACCAUAUCAGAAAAUGAUGCGAAAUUUUAUGCAGCUGAAGUUACUGCAGCUCUUGAAUAUUUACAUCUUAUGGGAUUCAUAUAUAGAGAUUUAAAACCUGAAAAUAUAUUGUUACAUCAAUCAGGUCAUAUUAUGUUGAGUGAUUUUGAUUUAUCGAAACAAAGUGAAAGAUCAAAAAAUCCCGAGAUCUCAUUCAAUAAAAACGGUAUGCAUUUAUCAUCUGGUGGUAAUUCUCCAAGGCAUGGUCCCACUAUAGAUACAAAAGCAUGUAUUGAUGGAUUCCGUACUAAUUCAUUUGUGGGGACUGAAGAAUAUAUAGCACCAGAAGUUAUAAGAGGUAAAGGUCAUACAAGUGCUGUUGAUUGGUGGACUUUAGGAAUAUUCAUAUAUGAAAUGUUAUUUGGUAUAACACCUUUCAAGGGUCAUGAUAGAAAGAAAACAUUUGCAAAUGUACUAAAGAAGGACAUAAAGUACCCUGAUACACAAGUGAUAUCAUCAAAUUGCAAAAGUCUUAUAAAAAAGUUAUUGAUAAAAGAAGAAGAAAAAAGAUUAGGAUCCAAAACAGGAGCAUCAGAAAUAAAAAAUCAUUCAUUUUUCAAAAACACUCAAUGGGCAUUAUUAAGACAUCAAAAACCUCCAAUGAUCCCCGUAUUAACUAAAUCAAGAAAACAUCAAACUCCACUACCAACCAACGAGGAUCAAGAUGAUCAAACAUCAUCUAAAAAUUCAUUCCCCGUGGAUAAAUUUGAUGAAAAGGGAGAUAUUACUCAAUCUAAAGAAAUUGAAAUUAUUAAAGACCCCAAUGAUCCUUUUUCAAAAUUCAAUUCUGUUACUUUAAGAUAUGGUGAUGAAACUAAUUUAAGUAUUUAUAACCCUAAGAGAAGUCUGUACACUACCGUUACUUAUAUAAAUAAAUAG